UCUACCGCUUUCCGCAUCACUAUGACGCUGACACAACAGGAAGAAGACGGGCAGAAAAUAAACAAAAGACGAGCUUUAAUAAAUGUUUUUAACGUUCCGCGACACAUUUUAACUCUUCUUUUACAGUCUUCGGGUUGAUUUAUCAACAAAGGCUGUGCGAUCGCCAUGAAUCCCGACAUGUCGCUGCGAGUGAGCGUAUUCUCCGAACAAGGAGGAAGGAAAUACAUGGAGGAUUUAACCGAGGUGAUCGUGGAGCUGGAGCCCAGCGACGACGAGCUGCGAGCGGCGGGACACACCGACCUAAAGCCGGAUCAAGAGCUUGAAUUCGAUCCGCCGGACCGCAUAGACAAGCCGUCACCUGUCACGGUAACGUGGAGAAACACACUGCCGGCCGAUGCGAGUGACGGUACGGAGGAGUCCGGGAAUGAAGCGGCGCCAUCAGAUAGCAGGAGAUCAGUCGGGUUCUUCGCUGUGUUUGACGGACACGGCGGGCGAGAAGCCGCGCUGUUCGCUCGAGAUCACCUGUGGGAUUUUCUCAAGAAGCAACGGGGCUUUUGGUCGAAGGACUAUCGUAAAGUCUGCACUGCAAUUCGCAAGGGUUUCAUCGCGUGUCAUCAUGCUAUGUGGAAAAAGCUGCCUGAGUGGCCCAAGACAUUAACCGGCCUCCCCAGCACCUCGGGCACGACAGCCAGCGUGGUAAUCAUCAGGGGAGACCGUAUGUUUGUGGCUCAUGUUGGGGACUCAUCUGUCGUGCUGGGCGUGAGGGAAGAUCCAUCCGAUAAAGUCAUCAAAGCCGUGGAGGUCACGCAAGAUCACAAGCCAGAACUCCCGAAAGAAAAGCAGAGAAUUGAGGGAUUGGGAGGCAGCGUGGUGAAGAAGUCUGGAGUGAAUCGUGUGGUAUGGAAGAGACCUCGAUUAACUCACAACGGCCCUGUAAGGAGGAGCACGCCGAUCGACCAGAUCCCUUUUCUUGCUGUCGCAAGAGCUCUGGGUGAUCUAUGGAGUUACGACUUCUACAGUGGAGAAUUUGUGGUAUCCCCAGAGCCUGACACCAGUGUGGUGACCCUUGACCCCAAACGGCAUCGUUACAUCAUCGUCGGCAGUGAUGGACUGUGGAAUAUGGUGCCACCCCAGGAGGCGGUGACAGUGUGCCAGAGCCACGACGAAGCUGUGGCACCUUUUGGCAUGUCGGUUGCGAGACGGUUAGGCUGUCACGCGUUGAUGCGGUGGCGUCAGCGGAUGCUCCGUGCAGACAACACCAGCGUCAUAGUCAUCGCUUUGCCUGAGCCUGGCAAGCCCCAACUACCUAUGCACAGAGACGAGGUCAUCCUCAACCUGACCGAGGGUCCGCACUGUGAUCUGGCAUCAGGGUCUCGAUCCAAUACGCCGCUCAUCAAGAGCCCGGAUCCAGACCUGUCGUCAGCCAGCAGCGAGUCUUUGCCGGCACUGGAAAGAAGAAACGGUCUGUCAGGAGUCAGUCUAAGUUGCGAACCUCCUUUUGAUCAAAACCUCCCUUACAUUGAACUUCUGGACAGAGCUGCCUUGACUUUGUGCCCCAGCGAGGACAACCGGACGCUGGAGACGUCCGAUGCGUCAAGUCCGAUAGGAAAGAGGCCCAGACGCAGCCCUCUCGCUCCCAGCAGCUCUCGACGGAGGACUGGCGAACGCACCGUACCGAAACGCAACGGCACCAAGAGUGCCAAACGCACGCCGAGCGUUCCUAUAUUACACCAUCGCAAAGCAACUCUCUGCGUUUGCUGAACUCCUCAACGCACAGAUGAACUUGCAUUUCUGGUCUUUAUUCCUCUGCAUGGUCACAAUAUUAAAUAACUUGUGUUUUUGUUUAGAUUAUGCCACUGUUUCAGUUUGAAAUCUUUGAUUUUAUUGUCCAGUCUUGUUUUUACUUUUAAAAAGAAUUGAAAAAAGUUUAUGAAAGUUAUUUUAUGAAAACAAAAACAAAAAACAGUCCCUUUAAAUGAAAGAGCAGCAUCAUUCGAGUCCAUCGUUCACAUUUAUGUGUAAGAGAUGUGCAGAUUAUUGAAAAUGACCAAAUAGUUAGAUGUACUAUAUUUUUCUACUAAUAUUUUUAAGAUGCCCAGUUUAUUUUCUUGGACAUUGAUGCUUGUGUGAAACUUUUCCUAUGCCAAUACAUUCUUUGUGUGUUAUGCUAUUCAGUGUAUUCAUUUAUCAUUGUCAUGUUAAAUUGUUUUUCUUACUUUAAAUUUCUCCAUUUGUCAUAUUUUGGAGAGCAUGAUGAAACAUGAUAACGAUCUAAUCAAAGGCAUGUCUCAGAUUACAAAGCAAAUGUAUUUUUUGCUAAAAGCUUGACUAAAGUGAUGAUGAUGGCAUGUUCGCUCCUAUCCUUUAAAAUGCUUUUUAUUGAGGAGUGUUUUAUUUGUUGACUAUGAUGCAAUCCAACUUUUUCUAUGUAUUUCGAUAUUGUAACUUAUUUAAUAUCCUUUUAUAGCAGUAAUGUCAAUGUAAUGUGGAUAACAUCUUCCAACACCAGUUACAGAGCUAAAUGUGUGAUUAUAAACUGAUUUCCCAAACUGUACAGCACAAUUUAGCAAGACAUUUGUUUUUCAUGUGUAAGAUGACAUUAAGAGAUUUCCAGUAAGCUGUCCAGGUGGGUGGCGGGUAUGAAAUAAAUGGUAUUAAGCCUU